UCCACCUUCCACUCUCAAGCAAACGUUUUGAAUAUCCUCUCUUCUUCAAUUCAAACCCACAAUUUCGAAAACCUUUGCGUGGUCUUUUUUGAGCUCUGAUUUUUUUCUUAUUUUUUUCAAAUUUUUGGUUAUGGAAACAAGCAGUGAAGUAUCAAGUGUGCUUCAAUAUAUCAAACAACAUUUACUUGAUGAAUUUUCUCCCGUGGGAUUGGGGAGUUUUUCCAGCGAAAAUCAAUGGAUAACUGAGCCAAAACCUGAAGUUUCGACCUCUCAAACUUCGAGCUCUGAUUCCUCUCUUACAGUAUCCAAUUUUAAUUGCUUUGACGAUGAUGAUUUCUUUAAAUUCCCUCACAAAUUCCCUGGGUUCGAGUCAAAUGGAAGUGGCGUUUUCGAAUUUGAGUCGAAACCUCAAAUUAUCAAUCUCACGACACCCAAGCCCCUCUCUUCAAACGCCUUUGCUUUCAAAUUUGAAGUCAAACCUCAAAUCGUUGAACUUUCAGCGACAAAACCUCCAAUUUAUUCGAACUCGAGCUGUCAGAAUCGAAAACCGUCGCUAAAAAUCUCGUUACCACAUAAGGUGGAGUGGAUACAAUUUGGAAAACAGGAUUUAACUCAUACAAAGCCGAAGAAUUCAAAUUCCGAAGACAAUAAGCAUUAUAGAGGAGUCAGACGAAGGCCGUGGGGGAAAUUCGCUGCGGAGAUCCGAGAUCCGAACCGAAGAGGUUCCCGGAUCUGGUUAGGAACCUUUGACACGGCCAUCGAAGCAGCAAAGGCCUACGACCGAGCCGCUUUUAACCUACGGGGCUCGAAAGCGAUUCUUAAUUUCCCUCUUGAAGCUGGGAGGUUGGAUGCAAGCGCCGUUGACGGAGAGAAGAAACGGAGCAGGGAUGAUGGCGAAGGCGUAGAAAGACAAGUAAAGUCGGUGAAGAGAGAAACCGAUGACCUGCCGAAAGCGAGAGAUAACGGUGAUAUGCCUUUGACGCCGUCAAUUUGGACAGCAUUUUUGGAUUGGGACAAAGACACGAAGGGGGUUUUUAACGUGCCACCAUUGUCGCCGUUAUCCCCGCACCCCUCGUUAGUCUUUCCCCAAGUAAUGGUUAUAUGAUGAUUAGUUAGUGUUUGCCAGUCUGAAGUGGCAAGUAAUGGGUGACGUGGAAUUUUUUUUUGGUUGUAUAUAUUGUUAAAUUGUUUUUAUAAUUAGGCAAUGAUUUUUGUUGGAUUCAAUUUCAAUUUACUUUAAUAAAUUUUUUUUCUACACUUUGGAUCUGUAAACAUAUAAAAUCAAUGCGUGAUGAAAUGUUAAAUUUUUAAUUUUAAUAAUAAAUUUGGUGCUCGGUUUUAAUCUUUGGUAAU